CCCAUUUUUUAAACAAUGCUUGAAUGAAAAUUGUAUAGUGAAAUUGCUGAUUUUUUUUCAGUGUAAAGAGUUUUUAUAAAAAUAACAGUACAGCAAACAAAGUAUUCCUCUCUUAGUUUUGACCACAUCUUUCCCAGCUAUUUGUUGGAGUAACAUUUUUAUUGAUAUUGUUAGUUUCUCCACUUCUCUGUUCAUAAUUUAUCACCUAUUUCCUGAAGCGUUAAAAACAAUAAUGCAGAUCUGUUAUGAAGACAUUUUUGUUGGAAUCAAUCAAAGAUAGUCAAUUGUGAUUAAUAGUACAAGUCUUUUUUAUUUUCAAAGAAACUUCCAAAGGCUACUCUAAUACUUUUUAAAAAUCUAAAUCUAAAUAAAUAGUAGCAGUAGAAGUUUUGUAAUUAUUAAAUUUUACGUAAUAGAACAUUUUCAGUUGAAUUAUUUAUUUAAUAUUUUAGUUAGGAAAAGUCCUUAAAUUUUGGGUGACUCUAAUUUUGAUUGCUAAGUGAUGAAAAAAAAAACAUAUGUAGUUUGUUGUGAACUGCUAAAAUUUUUGCAGACUUUCUGUUCACCCUAAUAGGCCGGUUGGUAGAUGAAUUUAAUGCUAUAAUUAAUCAUAAUAUGACAUAAUAACAUGAAAAUAAAGUCAAGUUAUUUGUUACUUGAUCUAUUAAAACACUGGGGGUAGUAAAUUUUCUUCAUUGCUUUAAAUUUGCUAGUACUUUGCUAACUUUUUGUCUCGUUAUUAUCGUUUAUAUUUUCUCAUAAUUGAUACAUGUUUAUAAAUAGAAAGUUGAAUGAUACAACUGGCUAUAAUCCUGCAAAAAAAGACAAUAGAGUGAAAUGGUAAGUAUUUUUUAAAUCAAAAUUGAAAACAUAUACAUAUGUUAAACUUCCAAAUACAGUACACCAGGGAUACUAUUAAUAUUCAUGUUUUUUGCAUAUAGUAACAUGCACAGAAUAUUUUCUCUUUACUCCACCAUUCCUAAAUGUCCUACGAAAAUAAACCUAGCGCUCUUGGUUGCGUCGAUUGUCUCGAGAGUAUUAGAUUAUUAACAGUAGUUCUUUCUCUAGGAAGCUUAUAUAAAAUAAUAUAUAAUAAAUAAAAAUAUAUAAGAAGCGAAAGGGGAUGAAAUUGCCAACGAAGGGGUGCAAAUCCUUUGUAUCUGUAUUUGGUUUUAUACUGGGAGUUCAGUACCAAAAUUUCUAAUUUUACUGCGCGUAUAGUCUUCAUUUCUGCGCUGCAAUGCAAAAUUAAGAAUAUUAUACUUUAAUGGUAUCUCCACUACUGUUGUUAUUAACUUUUAGACAUAGUAAUAAAUAUAAUAAAGGCUGUCAUAACUUCACUAAGUACCAUGUAGCCGUCCAAUUAUUGCGGUACGCUCCCAAUGUUUAUACCUACCAUCAAGUUUAUUUGGCGGGAACCUCCAUUUCAACAUAACACCAAUAUUAAACAUAACAAUGGGUAUGUCUUUUUUUUUUUUUUUUUUUGAAUAACAUCGAGUGUCAAAAAUAAUAUUCUUCCCAUAUUGAAGAGCGCCAGUCGGUUUUGGUGAACACAUGAUAUGCAAACCUGACAUUUAAACAGUAUAUUAUGAAACAAGUUUGAUAAACGGAGUUUUGGCACCAGACGAAUUUUAGUUUUUAGAGUUUAAAGUUUUUAAUAAAGGAGUAACAGCAGUUUAUCAGCAUGUUGCAUAAUGUUUAGAUCCUUUUUUUUUUUCAAAAUAGCACAAAUAUAUUCACAUCAUGAGAGAAUGUGCCAGCACAGUGUUAACGUAGUUGUUGUGUUGUCUAUUUCAGAAAGAUGGAGAGCAAUAAAACCUCAUUAGCAUGGAUUUUAUUGUAAAAUUCUUUCUUUUUAUCGAGUGCGGAUGGACCACUGGGGUUUAGGUUGAUUUAGGAGUUAUCCAACACAAAAUAUGAUAUGGGCAAGAAACUCAUAAAAAAGAAAGAAUUUACGAAGGCUCACGACAGUCCAGUCCGAACGAUGGUUUGGAGUCACAAUGACAGUUGGAUGGUAACUGGAGAUCAUGCUGGUUACGUAAAAUAUUGGCAGUCGAAUAUGAACAAUGUGAAAAUGUUCCAGGCUCAUAAGGAGGCCCUACGCGGCAUAAGCUUCAGCCCUUUGAACACGAAAUUCGUAACAUGUUCCGACGAUGGAACCCUUCGAAUCUGGGACUUUUUCCGCUACCAGGAGGAGAAAGUACUUAGAGGUCAUGGAGCCGAUGUAAAAUGUGUCCAUUGGCAUCCUCAAAAAGGUCUCAUUAUAUCUGGCAGCAAAGAUAAUCAACAGCCAAUCAAGCUUUGGGAUCCCAAAACUGGUCAAUCUUUGGCAACUUUGCAUGCGCAUAAAUCUACGGUAAUGGAUUUGAAAUGGAACGACAACGGAAAUUGGUUAAUAACAGCAUCUCGAGAUCAUUUAUUAAAGCUGUUUGAUUUGAGGAAUCUUAGUCAGGAGGUUCAAACAUUUAGGGGACACAAAAAGGAAGCGUCAAGUGUUGCUUGGCAUCCUGUGCAUGAAGGUUUGUUUGCCAGUGGCGGCUCUGACGGGGCUAUAAUGUUUUGGCAUGUGGGUGCCGACAAAGAGGUGGGCGCAAUCGAACAGGCCCACGACAGUAUAGUGUGGACUCUUGCAUGGCAUCCUUUAGGUCAUAUACUCUGCUCUGGUUCUAACGACCAUACAAGUAAAUUUUGGACCCGAAAUAGACCAGGCGAUCAAAUGCGAGACAAGUAUAACCUCAAUACUCUUCCAGCUGGAAUAGCUGGUUUGGAAGAUAUUGAUGUAGGAGACGAACCGACAGCAGUGAUUCCUGGUAUGGGGCCCGAGGAUAAAGUCGAGCUAACGGCGUUAAUAGGGGAUGAAAAUACCGCUAUUCCAGGUUUGGACCUCGAUUCCGGAUUGUUAAAUAAUGAAGAGAAAGUCAAACCAAAAAAAGUUCCGUUUAGUAAGCCAAUCCCAAGGAACUUCCAAGCCCAAUGGAAUGAAACAGAUGAUGGAAUUAACGAUGUUCUGACGAAAAUUGUAGAAAACACACCGGGUGUUGUGCCUUUGGAGAAGAUAGCACCAAAUGCCAUAAUAAUUUAUGGAAAGCUUAUUCCAGUUGAACCUGGAUCUAAACUAGAAAAAGCUAUUUCUGAAGGACCAGAGGUGUUGCAAAAAUUUAUUGACUCCGGCGAAAUUGAAGAAUUGCACGACGUAAUGCCCAUUAGGGAUCAAGAUGAAGAACAGUAUUUAAAUGAUGACAAUGGUGAUCACGGCAACAUGGACGUUGAUCCAAAUGCUGCGUAUUAUGAUGAGGAUCUAAGAAAUUUAGACCAAGACAUGAGGGGAAACUUUAAUCAUGUAAAUAAUCAACAAGAUAGCGACAUGAGAAUGUUUGGCGAUAUGGACUUCAGAAAAGAAAUGGAUUUCCGAAACAGCAGAGACUUUGAUAUGAGAAAUCAAAACAAUCUAAUGGGCGAUGAAGAUUUUAGAUAUGAUGAUUACGGAGACAAUGAUUUCAGAAACAAUGGUUUUGAAGAAGAAGGGGAUUAUGGUGAUGAUUAUUACAAUGAAGAUUGGUCUCGCGGCAAUUCGAACUUUUCCAAUUUCCGUGGAUCUGGCGGAUUCAAUCAAAAUUUCAGAAAUAGAUCGACACUGGACUUCAUUCCCCCAUCGGGUUCUAAUUAUAACAAUAGCCAAGAGGAUAAUUGGAAACCACCAGCGCAAGAGUUCAGGGGCAGGGGCAGGGGCAGGGGUGGUCCUAGAGGCGGUCGCGGGUCAAGAGGAAAUCGAAGAGGACGAAGUUCCGCUCCCAGAGGCGGGCGUGGCAGGGGCUCUCGAGGUAGGCCGCCGUGAGUUAGUGAAGUGAAAAACAAACUGCGACAACUAAAUAAAAUUCAAAUUGCAUUGCAAGUGACGUUUGUUCCAUUAUUUUUUAUUUUAAGUAGCUAUGUAAUUAUUGUUUACAAUUUGAUGUAUUAACAUUACAAUGAAUUAAUAUUGUUUAAUUUUUCAAUAUACCAUCGAUGUGUUAUAUAGGACACCAGCUUUUCUUACAACAAUUUAGUGGAUGCUCUCAGCUGCUUAAUUGAAAUUAAUUGG